AUGGUGCUCUCAAUCCUCAUCGCUGCCAUCGUAGCCCCAGGUUUACUUGGCUCACAAGAAGCUAUCCGACAAUCGCAAUCUAAAGAGAAGAGAGAGGAGCACCGUGCCCGUCGCUGCAACCUCAUCGCAACAUGCGUCAAGUCAUCACAUCGCAGCCGAGAGAUAGACGGCCGCCAGGUCGUCUUGAGAAAUGGAAAGCUUUGGAUUGACACAGGCACUGAGGAUGGGAGCCCACUAGGCCAUCCCUACGCUGGAUAUUACCUACCUUAUCCUGAUACUAAUCACGAAGGCCUUGUCACAACAAUCACAGACGUUGCACCGAUCAUGAACUGGGUGUACGUCGACAAAGAGACCGGGGAAGUCAAGUACGGUGUUCGCGCAGAUGCUCAACCAAAUCUCACUGGUCCGUUCGAUUGCACGCGACAAGAUCGACGACUCACAUUCGAUGGCUGGGAAGGAUGGUGCGCGGUCGAAGAAGCGCCAGGUCUUUGGGGUCUAUACUUUGACCUCGGUGACGACGGCCUAAAGUCAAGAGUCGCUCCUGGUACUAGGGUGUUGGAGAUUGAAUUGAGUAGAAAAGAGAAGAGGUUUCAAAAAGAGGCGGACAUUCGACAACAGGAUCAGACGACGAAAAGGGCCGUCGAUGCGAAAGAGGAUGCACCAGUCGAUCAGCCGCUGGCCGCAGAGGCACUG